UCCUGUAUUGACCAGUAGGGUCUGUAUCCCAGAGUCCUUUGCGCACCACAAUAGUUGCCAGUCAUCGCCGAACGAAACGAGCGAACAUAAUACUGUUUUCACAGACACUAUGAAGGAGACAACAGCGAAACGACGCGAGAAACCCAAGGACUCCAAAGCCGACAAGCAGAAGGAUGCGGGCCCCGACCCGCAGGACGUGGAGAUGCCCGAGGAAGAUGCAGCUAACGCCGUCAAACUACCCAAGGAACUGGAUAACCUCACUCUCGACGACAUCAAGGAGCAUGUGAAGCAGAUAGAGAAGGCGGUGUCUGGGAAGGAGCCGCGCUUCGUACUGCGCGCUCUCCGGGCGCUCCCCUCCACCAGCCGCCGUCUCAAUGCUAAUGUGCUGCACAAGGCCCUCGCUGGCUUCUACACCAGCAACGCCACGGCCCGGGACUACCUGCUGGGUUUCCUGGAAGAGCCCAUGGAGACAGUGGAGGGGGACAUCCCCUUCCGGCCCAGGACAGGGAAGGCAGCCGCCACACCUCUGCUGCCUGAGGUGGAGGCCUACCUCCAGCUUCUGGUGGUGGUCCACCUCACCAACAACAAGAGCUACACAGAGGCCCAGAGAGUGUCUGACGACCUGCUCCAGAGGGUCGGCUCUCAGAACCGCCGGGCUUUGGACCUGGUGGCCGCCAAGUGUUAUUACUAUCACUCACGCGUCUACGAGUUCCUCAACCAGCUUGACACCAUCCGCAGUUUCCUCCACACCCGGCUGCGUACGGCCACGCUACGUCACGACGCAGACGGGCAGGCCGUGCUUCUCAACCUUCUGCUGAGGAACUACCUCCAGUUCAACCUCUACGACCAGGCCGAGAAGCUGGUGUCCAAGUCGGUGUUCCCCGAGCUGGCCAACAACAACGAGUGGGCCAGAUACCUCUACUACACCGGUCGCAUCAAGUCCAUCCAGCUGGAGUACACUGAAGCCAGGCGGACGCUGACCAACGCCCUCAGGAAGGCUCCUCAACACACCGCCGUGGGCUUCAAACAGACAGUCCACAAGCUGUUGAUUGUGGUGGAGCUGUUGCUAGGGGAGAUUCCAGACAGACUGCAGUUUAGACAGCCCUCACUCAAGAGGUCCCUCAUGCCGUACUUCCUUCUCACGCAAGCGGUGAGGAUGGGUAACCUGGCCAAGUUCAACCAGGUUCUGGAGGAAUUUGGGGAGAAGUUCCAGGUGGAUGGGACAUACACACUCAUCAUCCGCCUGCGCCACAACGUCAUCAAGACCGGUGUGCGUAUGAUCAGCCUGUCCUACUCUCGCAUCUCAUUGGCCGACAUCGCCCAGAAGCUGCAGCUUGACAGUCCAGAGGAUGCCGAGUUCAUUGUUGCCAAGGCCAUCCGCGACGGAGUGAUCGAGGCCAGUAUUAACCAUGAGAAGGGCUACGUGCAGUCCAAGGAGACCAUGGACAUCUAUGGCACCAGGGAGCCUCAGCUGGCCUUCCACCAGAGGAUCUCCUUCUGUCUGGACAUCCACAACAUGUCUGUCAAGGCCAUGCGCUUCCCCCCCAAAGCCUACAACAAGGACCUGGAGUCAGCCGAGGAACGUCGGGAGCGCGAGCAACAGGACUUGGAGUUCGCUAAAGAGAUGGCUGAGGAUGACGACGACAGUUUCCCUUAGUUAGAAUCCUGCUUCCUGUGGCCGCAGGAUGUUUGUUUUGUUCCGUUCCGUUUGUAUGCUGCCAUCCAUCGGUAGAUCAUAAACACCCACAAUACCUUUUAUCGUCCUUCCUCCUUUUCUUUUGGCUCUGUAUUUUCCUGCCUUACCGUUGCACAGUUGACUGUAGAGCGAGCUAAAUCUGGCCUGACAUGGUCCAUCCGACUAAUCUAACCUAUAGCAUGUGUCUAUCUGUGAGGCAGGGCUUGAACUGAAAUAAAAUGUUUUGUUUUUUUUGUCUAAAUAAACUUGUUUGUGUAUGAUGUUAUGGGGUAUGUUUAGCCUAUUUAUGGUCAGCUAGUGCUACAGUCCCACGUGUCAAUAGGUAGGUUAAGGGUAAAGAAUGCAAAGAAUUAACAUGUAUUGGACUAUGCAUGGAAAUUGUAUAUUUUAAUGUAACUGGUGGGGUGGCAUUGAGAAUUAACAUAUUGUAUCCAGUCUCACAUCCUAUACAAACACAUCUGCUGCCCUGAUGCUCCUGAACAAAUAUAUCAUUGACCUCGUUGAAACGUAUGUAACAGUUCAAAUGGCAAUUUCUGGGGUUAGGGAAUUAGUCCGGUUGAUGUUGCCAACGCUGUUUAUCACACUAAUAUAGCUCACCGACCUCUACCAAUGCUCAAUAUGUGCAUGUAUCGCUUUGCCAGUGAUUGUGAUUGGAAAUGACUUGCAUAGUACGUUAUAUUUUAUUGGUGCGACCACAUCGCUGGAAAUUAUGGGGAAAACGUUUUCGCGACGUCGGAAAGUUUGCGUGAACGACACCUCAUGUCAUGACUGUUAUGAUUCUACUUCCGUUCGGCAACUUGGGACAAAUUUAGAUAACAGUUGCCCUGUGGGUGACGUACGGUUUACUAGUGACGCGCAUGAACAAGCGGAACAUGAACAUUUUACUCAAUAUAAAAGAACCAUCCAUCAUAUCACAUACUUUACUAUUGAUUGACGUUGUAACGUCUGUUGGAAAUCGACUUUGCUCAGUUUUAAAUGUUUACUGGUAAACCAGCUCUAGAUAAGGGGAAGUGUUGCCUUCGAUACAGUGGCAAUACUACUGUAUGUGCUUCUCAUAAUUAAAAACAAAAUGAUAGAAGGUGAUAGGCAUCAAGGGACAAAGGGCAUGCAAACUUGAAACUGAUCCUAAGUUCUGUUUAGUUCUGACUGGUUUUUAUCGGAACCCCCCCUGCUGUGUAGAACUUUUAGAUUCCGGCUGUUUCCCAAGUGCACAUGAACGGUCGCUGUCGGGAACCCGCGUAAGCGUGACCGUCAUCACUGGCGAGCGUUCUCGUUAUCACCAGGGGGGUAUACCACGAACCUCGCUGAACAUUCCCAGGCUUUCUUGGGAAAACCUGGCUUGACAGAGACGCGACUCGCAAUCAGAGUCAAAUGGUACCACUACCACGACG